GCGGGGUCUGGGUCGAGCUUGUGAAGUUUGUCACGAAGAUAAGGGAGUGUUGUGAUCGCAAUUUUUCCUCAAUUUUCUUGUCCAAGGAGGGAAAUAAGCAGUUUAUUACCCGCAUUUAGUUUGUAUCUUUUCAAACGGAGGACAUCUUUGGCAGAAGAAGUAAUAUCCAUCGAAUAAUUCGACAAAAUCUUACCAACUUGGGCACUAAGUUGGACGCCAUGUCUUGGGUGAAGCAAAAAGAGUCUGUGGAUCUCGAUCAGUUCCAAAACAUCGAUGAGGAUUCUUUAGUCGAAGCUCUGUCUCCAGAGGAGUUAGCAGAUCUCAAUGCGGCUAUUGAUCCCGAGAAUGCGCUUCUCCCAGUUCAUGAGCGCCAGGAAAACCAGACAGAAAAGGAAAACACUGGACCAUUUGAUCGACAACAUCUGUUGGAACACCUUGAAGAACAGGCUAAGAACCUGAAGGAACGUUCAGACUAUGUCCCAUACAAGAAAGAAACACGUGGCAAAGUUUGGCGGCCAAAGGAGCAGCCAGGAAAAAAAGAUCCAACUCCACUGCUCCCUGAUGACCUGAGUGAAGUUUUAGACAAUGCAACUGAUGAGGAAAUGAUGGAACUUGCCGCCAUACUUGGUGUGCACGGUAUGUUAACCCAAACUCAGAGUCACUAUGCUGAAAAGAUGGAGGCUGGGAAAGCUUUAAGGGGCAGUGGUUUGAAGAAAUACAAACCUGGUGUUGUAAAGGCAACUAAGAUUAAAAAGCCUGAUCUGACAGCUGUCAAUGAGUUGGACAUGGAGAAAGCAAUGGAGCAGCUCAAGAGAAACGAUCCAAAAUUGACAAAUCUUAACUUGAACAAUCAUAGGGAUGUCACUGUAGAGAUUCUUGAAGAUGUUGCCAAGGCAUUGAAAAGUAACAACAAUCUUAAACAUCUUCAGUUAGCUAACACACAGAUGACAGACAAGACUGCUAAGAUCUUUGCAGAGGCACUGAGUAAAAACAAGACCCUAGAAAGUAUCAACCUGGAGUCUAACUUUUUGACUGGAGAUGGAAUCAUGGCAAUCAUGAAAGUUCUAGAAACCAAUACCAACUUGACAGCGCUGAGGCUAGCCAAUCAGUCUGCCAUCAUUGGUAGUCAAGUUGAACAAAAAAUUGUCACCUCUUUGGAAAAGAACUCAACACUGCUUGUUUUUGGCAUGAGUUUUGAUACACAAGGACCAAGAAUCAGAGCAGCAGAGUUGAUGGUGCGAAACAAUGAUUCAAUUCGACUGGAUAGGGUAGAGAAUGGCGAUGUAAAUGGUGAAGAUGAUGAUGCUAUUGAGGAAGAAGACGAAGAAGAAGAGGAAGAAGAAGAGGAAGAAGAGGAGGACGAGGAGGAGGACGAUUAAGAGUAACACUCAAGAAUAUUGCUAUUCUAAUUCUUUAAUGUACUUCUGUGAUGAAGGUUUACUCUAUCUGUGAAUAAAUCUGUAUGGAUACAGAGGAAAUGACUCUAAAAAUUAACCAGGUCAUCCCCUCCUGGUAAGCUUGUGCCUGGAGUGUCAAGGCAGAACUUGUGUAUUGUUUUUCAACUUGUAUUCUUGAACUCAAAGUUGUAGUCUGUGUUGAUAAUUAAGUAGGUACCUCUAUAAGGAUAUGCGUAUGUUGCUAAUUCUUGCUAGUGUUGUAAAGGGACCAACUGAAUAUCAACCCGCCAUGUUAAGAGUAAGUUAAAAUAACAAAAGAGACUGGAAGUGAAUUUGAGAAUUUUUGCGGGGUAUUCCUAAGUAGAACUCAAGUGUCGCGAAUCUUCGAUUUUCUUGUGGCGUCCCUGUAGCUACAAAAAGUUGUUGUACUUUUCAUUACGCAGAGUAAGUUUGAUCAGACGGAAUAGCUGUAAAGCUGUGAAUGAAAUUUUUAAGCUUUACACCUUCUGCUAUUUUAAUUUGCAGUUUGUUUUAAGAAGCUUCAAAAACUUUCCCAAGGUGGUGGUGGUGGUGGUCAGGUUGCAAUCCGUUUCGAUCUUCUCCAUCUCUCACCAUAGUUUUUACUUUUUGGGACACCUCCUGUUUUUGUGUUUUUCUGUCUCAAAAAUCAUAUAUUUUGUGGCUCACUUCGCUUUGAAAGUGAGUAGUUUUGUGCACUGCAUAAAAGAGACUGAAAUUCAUACUAUUGCGGGCUAAUCUCCUGUUAAGUCAAAUGAAAAGUUUUUUUUGAAGAAUGCAUCUUCUCUUUGGAUUUGUUUUUGACGAGUGUGUUCAUCAACUUAACACUUAGCUUGGUCAUCAUUAAUUAUCCGAUUGGCAUUUGUCUUUUCUGGCAUGAAUUCCCUAUUUUGUCAGGUCUGAUGAUGUUUUGUAACUUCAAGACAGCUGUUACAAUUGUGCUUUUUUCAGUCUCAUUGGUUGUCUGAUAAGUUAUUUUGAAGUUGUAAGGAAAACUUUCACUUUGAUCUCAAGUCCUGAUUUUGCAACAGGUUUUUCUUUACGAAUUUCUUUAUUCAGUACAUUAUUCACUGUACUUUUUUUCCUGUAUUGUUGUUUUCUUUUUCAGCAAUUUACAAACUGCUGCUUUUGUAGUAUCGUGAAAAUAGUUUGAUCCUUUUUCAUUUUAUGAAAAUUUUGAUCAUAAGCGAGAUAUAUCUCGGCAAUUGUGUCAGUGAGCGCUAGAGUUGGUUUCACCAAACCUUGCAGCUGUCUCCAAUAGUGGAUUUUUGCGACUACAAAGGACAUGUCCAAUUAGUUUAUUUGGUUCAAAAUGCAUUCAUUCAUUCUUACAACAUUGAUUAAUGUUUGUGCGAAGCUUGCGUUUUAGCGCAGAAAAGAUUCCAAUAGGAAUUGGAACAUCUUCCAUUCAUAACAAUACUUUGCGAAGGAAAUAUUCAUUUUCUAAUCAUGGCUCAUUUUAAGCGGAGUUUAUAACUAAUUUUUUCUGAAACGGUUUCGCUUUUUUUUUUCCGAGGGAAAGUUAGUAUUUACAGGCGGUGGCAAGUUUUGACUAUAUUCUUAUGUGUCGAAAAAUAAAGGUAUUGAAAACUGA